CCGCAGGUUUCUCCACAGUCAUGUUCAAAUGGUGUUUUCUUUUAUUCACGCCGAUCCGGGGUGCCUGAACUUCGCGCCACCAGCCAACUCCCCAGCCUUUGGAACUGCUAACGCCCCCAUCGCGUGAGGACGUGAAGUCGUUUCUGGUCUCGCGAGGCGCUCUAGCAUUGCCGGUUACGAUUCGCCCUAUCCCAUUUUUCGGCCAUCCGACGCCAGUGGUCGGCUCUGGCGUUUCUUCUCGCGAUUCACAUCGCAUCAUAUGCUUCCUUGGUCUGAAGGGACUUGCGGAGAAGAAAGCAAGUUAAAAGGUCUCUGAGGCCCGACACAGAUUACUUUCAAAGUCGCCACACAUAUUGAGACUCAGACGGAUAUCUACGAAUACCCUCAAUCUAUCCCAACACUUUCAUCAUGACGGGUUUCGCUCGUGCAAAGGAGGAUAGGCCCACGCCUCCAGAAGUUUAUAACUGGAGAGUGUAUAUGUCCGCUCUAGUUAUCUCUAUGGGAGUACUGGCUUACGGCUACGACUCGGCUUUCAUUGGCACAACGAUUACCCAAAAGAGCUUUCAGCGCGAUUUCGGACUCGUUAGUAUGACCAAGCAGCAACGAAACGAUGUCUCUAGUAAUCUAACAUCGAUAUAUUCGGCUGGUGGCUUUUUCGGAGCUCUCUUUAUGUACCCAUCCCUCGAGCUGCUUGGUCGACGAAUGACCGUCAUUAUCGCGGACGUAAUCUUCCUUGUGGGUGCUGUUCUAUGUACAGUUCCCACACAUCAGCUCGGUUUGGUAUAUGCCGGAAGACUUCUCACUGGCCUGGGCGUUGGUGGCAUCGCAGCGGUGUCGCCCAUAUACAUUGCGGAAAUAUCACCCCCAGCGAUUCGUGGUCGCCUCACUGGAUUCUUUGAAUCCUUCUAUCAGACCGGCGCUGUCAUAGGCUUCUGGAUCAAUUACGGAAUCGUUCACAAUAUCGACCCAAAUAAGUCCAUCGCCUGGCGUAUUCCCAUGGCUGUGCAAUUGAUCCCUGCCGGCCUUCUGGCGAUGAUGAUCCCCAUCCUUAAGGAAUCACCAACCUGGCUUCUCAAGCGUGGCCGCGACGAUGAAGCUUAUGCUGUUUACAGCUUCUUGCGAAACCUACCUGAGGACCACCCUUACAUCGCCGAAGACGUCCACUUCGUCAAGAAUGAAAUUGCGAAGGAGCGUCUCAACCUCACCGGAAACCAGACUGCAUCUUUCAAGGAUAUCGUGAGGGGGGCCUUGAAAGAAAGUUCGAUGAAGGGCAUGCGUAAUCGAUUCCUACUUGUCUUCCUCAUGUUCAUGUGGCAGGCCUGGUCGGGCGCGGCCGCCAUCAACUACUACUCUCCUACCAUCUUCCGAUCCAUUGGUCUUACAGAUGUUACUCUUUGGACAGGAGUAUACGGUAUCAUUAAAGCAGUCGGAUCCAUCAUUUUCUUCACCUUCUUUAUCGAUGCGUUUGGACGAAAGUGGCCUUGGAUCGUCUCUUCUCUUGCAUGCGCCUUCUGCCAGUAUUAUCUUGCAGCUUACAUUGCCAUUGGAAAGCCCAACGUAGAUGUCAAACAAUCACCUUCUACCGUUGCAGGAGGAAAGGCAGCCACCGCCAUGGUCAUGAUCUUUGGUGCCACUUGGUCAUUCGGCGCCAAUGGCCUGCCAUGGAUUAUCUCCGCGGAAAUAUUCCCAUCCUCCCUACGCUCGAUUUCGGGUCCCUUUGCUGGAAUGAGUGUCUGGCUAUGGACAUAUGUCGUAACUCGUGCUCUGCCUAGCAUGUACACUAGCAUGGGCUAUGGUGUCUACAUCUUCUUUGCUUCAUGUCUCGUCUGUGCGAGCGUGUAUGCGUACUUCUUUAUCCAUGAGACGAAGGGCCUUCGUAUGGAUCAGAUGGAUCAUCUUUUCGGUUUCGAACGCCAGACAGUUCCUGGGGCAGUACCCAAUAAAGUGUCAGGAGACGAUUCGAGUGACAAGGAUCACGAAAAGGACGUGAAAGUCGAUGUCAGUCGUAAGGAGGCUGUCUAGACUUAGUCGACUCCAAGACAUGUCUGCACGGUGAUAUAUAGUCCGAGAUCGGAAUCUUCUUCCAUUAGCUACAAAUGCAUAAUACAG